AGCCUUUUUAUUCUCACACUGUACGUUUUCCAGUAAAGACCUAUAGACCCACUGGACUGAACCGAGUCUCUAAUUUUAACAAGACGUUGACACCAGUUGACUUUUAUUUCAACAUUUCAAACAUUCCUCUCUGUUUUUCAGUCGGAUCCUGUUUUAUUUCCACAUCAUUUUUUUUCGCUCACUUUUUUUCCUCUCCUCUUCUAUUCCGGUUGGAUUUACAAAGGGCGUGUUUGGGCGAUCUGUACCGGGAGUUUCAUCUCCUGUGCUCUGAGCGACUCUGAGGAAUGACAGCAACUGGAAAGGGACUGCGAUCCGCCUGAAUGGAGACAAUGGAUUAUAAGGAGCUGGGAAAUAAUUUCGAGGAGAAGCUGACACUAACAGAGAAAUCUCUGCCCCUGCAGACAGACUCUCAGUCCAUCCAGAAUGGGGAUAAGUCUUUGGGUAAAGACCUUCUGACUCCAGACGACUCAGCCAUCACAGACCUCUCUCCUAAAACAGACUCCAGCUCCAAAACCGAGACCCCCACCAAGACAGAUGCCUCCUCCAAGACAGAUGGCAGGCCCUCCACCCCAGGCACCAGCAGCAGCCCUCAGCCCAAGAAAGAUUCGAUGAGCUCAGAGCAACGACAGAAACUUGCCAAGGAGCGGAGGGAGGAGAGGGCCAGAUAUAUCGAACAGCAAACUCAGCUGCAAGCGGCGAAGAAAGCCCAGUGGCUGGAGAAGGAGGAGAAGGCCCGGCGUCUGAGGGAGAGCCAGCUGGAGGAUCGCAGGAGGAAGCUGGAGGAGCAGCGACUGAAGGCAGAGAAACGCCGAGCACUGCUGGAGGAGAAGCAAAGACAGAAACUAGAGAAGAACAAGGAGCGAUAUGAGGCAGCUAUCAAGAGGUCCACAAAGAAGACGUGGGCCGAGAUCCGCCAGCAGAGGUGGUCCUGGGCGGGCGGACUCAACCAGACCUCCCGCAGAGAAAGCAGAUGCUCGGCCUCCACGGUCAACUUGCCGAGACAGGUGGACCCUGUCAUUAACAACAGGCUGUCCAAGUCCUCUGCCACGCUCUGGAACUCCCCCAACAGAACCCGCAGUCUGCGUCUGAGCCCGUGGGAGAGCCGGAUCGUGGAGAGGCUCAUGACGCCGACGCUGUCCUUCCUGGCCCGCAGCCGCAGCGCCGCCACCCUCCUCAACAACAGCGACUCUCACUCUCACCACUGCUCCCGUUCAGCCUCUGCCAGUCCUCUGAAUGCCUGCUCCCAUCACCACCCGCACCAGAACGCCGCUGAGCGUUGGAGGGUCUCCUCCGCCAGCACGCCGGACAUCACCCAGCGACAGCGCCGACGAAACUCCACACCGGUGGAUAAAAAGAAGAAAGAGAAGAAAGACAAGGAGAGGGAGAAUGAAAAAGAGAAGAACGCCCUCACAAAAGAGAAAGUGCAGAAGAAGAGACAGACGACAUCACCUGUCACUACGACCACAAGAUCCAGGCCAGAGACCAGCACCCCAAAGCCCAAAAACAGACCCCCGUCGCCUGCCGCUCCCAAAAGCCGCCCCUUGUCCCCCUUGGUGCCAGCAGCAGCAGCAGGAGCAGCAGCAGCCGCCGCCUCCAAGACCCCGAUGGGCAAGAAGACACCUCCUCCCGGCGCCAAGACCCGACCCAAACGGGCCCAGACGCCCGCGAGGGUACAGCCCCAGACGGUCACUGCAGUCGCCGUGGAAACGGGCCACGAACCCCAGCAGCCCGACACCCCAGAGGAGAAAAAGAACUCCAGUAACGUUCCUGCCAUCGUGGUGUCCUCUGCACCGGUCACGCCUCCUUCCCUCAGCCCACCGGUCGUAUCAGCAGCUUCUCCCGCUGUGCCGAGCGUAGAGCCAGCUGCUUCUCCUGCCGCUAAUCCUGCUCCUGCACCGGCUGCCUCCACCCCAGCUGCACCGGCCAGCAAGCCAUCGGCAGGCACCAACGACCCAGAGGAGGCUGCUCGAGCCCUCGCAGAGAAACGCCGACAAGCCCGAGAGCAGAGGGAGCGGGAGGAGCAGGAGCGUCUGGAGCAGGAGCAGAGGAACAGGAUCCUGCGGGAGGAGGCGAUGGCCCGGGAGGCCGAGGAGAGGAAGCGCAGGGAGGAGGAGGCUCGAUUCAUGGCCGAGCAGCAGCGUCUGAGAGACGAAGCUCAGCGAGCUCAAGAGGAGAAGGAGGCGCAGGAGCGAGCCAAAGCCGAGCAGGAGGAGAACGAGAGGAUGCAGAGACAGCGGGAUGAAGCUGAAGCCAAAGCCCGCGAGGAGGCCGAGCGUCAGCGCAUAGAGAGGGAGAAACACUUCCAGAAAGAAGAGCAAGAGCGACUGGAGAGGAAGAAGCGCCUCGAGGAGAUCAUGAAGAGGACUCGGAAAAGUGAUGCAGGCGAUAAGAAGGAUGUCAAAGCCUCUCCACAAGUCAACGGCAAAGACACAGAGCUCAAUAAAGCUGGAAACCUGCAGAGCCCCAGCACAUCAGUUCUCAGCCCGUCGCAAGGCGUCUCUGGUCCCGUCGUGAACGGCGUCCAGCCCACUGCUCACCAAAACGGCGUCGCGGCCAACGGAGAGGCGGCGGACUUCGAGCAGAUCAUCCAGCUAAACAAGGGCAGCAACCCUGGUCAACAGCAGAGCGGGCUGGUCAGCGAGCCAAUCCUGGCGUUCGAGGGAGGAGAGCCCUUCCUGAUGAAAACAGGCCCAAUGAAGCCUCAGCAUGUUGCAGAGGUCCUGUGAGUCUCCACACAUCCAUGGAGACGCGCCUUAUGUCUCUUGCUUGAGCUACGAGAUUCAUGCCACUCCACAGCAGCGGCUUAUAAGAAUAGUGUGCCAAACAAAAAAAAACAAACAAAAAAAACAAUGAACUGCGCUGACGUCACAUCUUACAGUAUAUCUGCCGCAGAGGACAGAAGAGGAGGAGGAGACGGACUCUGCCUGGAAAAAGAAAAAUAACUCAUCUGAAAUAUAUUACGAAAAAAAAAUGCAAACAACAAGUAUUCUCUGUCUUCACCGCGUGUUAUGGUGCAGCAUUUGUCAAGUUUUAUUGAAAUGUCACAUGCAGAUUUUAAUGGUGCACCUUAAAGAUGACUGACUGUAACAAAUUUUAGAAAAUACAACAUAAGACCCUGGAAAUACAUAAUAUUUGACAAUGGCUGUUAUUAUUACUGUCGUUAUGAUAUUGUUAUUGUUAUCUUAAGUUGAACAAUGUGUGUGUGUGUUUUUGUCUUGAAUUAUUGAGUUAUUUAACAUGGGGAGCAUUGUAAGGACUGGCCACAGACAGUGUAUGUAAAUGUAUAAUGAGCCUGGCUGCCUAGGCCUCCUGUUACAGGGGAUCUGUGAAAUAAAGCUUUAUGAAAGGGA